AUGUCACUACUCAAAAGCAGUGUCGCGACGUUUCUCCAAUUCCCAAAGAAAGUGUACCAAACCUUUACGUCUAAUAUGAUCAACUUUCUAACACUCUGGAUGGUCUCUUUUGGCUUUAUUACUACCGUCUGGGCUAACAACACCAAAGUCACAUGGAUGUGUUACCCUUGGCACGCUGGCCUUGUCAUCUUUGGUAUCCUCUACAAUGUUAGACCACACUUCCUCGAGAGAUUUGUCGACUUCUUUAAGUUGUUCCAUUUGUUCUUACUGACACUUGGCCUUGCUUUCAAUUUCAUAUCAACGACGGAGUUGAUUAAAGUCAUUAGAAGUAGCUUGUACGACGAGUACUUACUCGACUCUGAUAAAUUCCUCUUCCCACGAUUCCCACAAGGCACACUCUCACUCUUUGUCGACCAAAGUAGCUUUUUUAAUCCAACCACAUUCAGUGGGAAGAUGCUCAAUGAGUACUUUGAACUAAUUUAUAUAACCUUCUAUGUGUGGGGGUAUUUGUCCUUAGGGGUUUGUGCUUUGGAAAUAGUUCUUGAAGCAAGGAAAGAGCGUCUUGGGUUGAAAGACUCUUUAAACAAUCCAUCUAAAGUGAAGAGGUAUGUUGAUAUUGAGUAUUUAGUCAUGUGUUGGACUUCGACGUUCUCUAUUAUAUUCUUGAUCAACAUUUUCGUCCCAGGGAAGAGCCCAAGAAUAUAUUUGAAGGAUGAGUACACCACAGAAAUCACUGGGUUUGGGUUUACAAAGUAUUGGAGAGGUACAGUCGACAGAGAUGAUUCAUCGGGAACUUUCCCAAGUGGACACGUCGGCGAGACUAUUGCAACCGCCUUUGGUAUUUAUUACUCACACAAAACACUUGGUAAAAUGGUCUUUGUUAUGGGAUCUUUAAUUGCUUUAGCAACGGCUUGGAACCGUUAUCACUAUAUAUCAGACUUAUUAAUGGGGGCUAUCUGUGCAAUGUUUGGAUAUCUCAUGGCAAACAUCCACCUCCAGAGAUGCAAGAGAGCAAAGGGUAUUUAA